CUGAUCUCUUUGUGUAUGUGUGCGCGCGCGCGCGAGCGGGGUGUGUGUAGUGUGCAAGGAAGAGAAAGAGGAGACGGCGUCGUGCGCACACGCUGCUGCUACACACAAAAAACCACGGAAAUAUAUUUAAAUUGUUAAGAUAACGGUGUACAUACAAGAAAAAAGAGCCUCUAAGUGCUGACCGGCGAACAAACUGAGCCCGGAGUUACUGUUUUUGGAGCCGGUGUGGGACUCAAGUUCCUGGGUCAGAACUCUGGAUUACCCUGGAAACUUUAUUUAGUUAGCUAAACUGCUAGCUAACUAAAGAAAGAAAGUUUUCUGUUGUCCGCUAUGUCUGCAAGCGACGACGAGAGGGAUGAAUACGGAGCCCCCGAGGACCGGUUAAUGCACGAUGACGAGGAAGCAGAGAUCUCUGAGAACGAGACUCCGAAGGUGAAGAAGAAAAAGAAGGCAAAGAAGAGCAGAGAGAGCAAGGGCAGCAAGCGGCGGUCGCGCAGAGAGGAGCUGCCCAUUAGCUCCCCAGAGCCCAUGGACUUGGGCGGCGUAGAUGAUGGUGAAGAUGCCGGCCCUGGCCAGCGCUCAGAGAGCGAGGGCAGCGACUACACUCCCGGGCGCAAGAAGAAGAAGAGAGCCAGCAGCGGCAAGGACAAGAAGAGGAACAGCGCCGCAGCGGAGAGGAGCGCCUCCAAGAAGAAAGAACCAGAACCAGAGGAGGAUGAGGAUGACGAUGAUGAUGACGGCAUGGAGCCAAAGUCGUCAUCUCAGCUGCUGGAUGACUGGGGCAUGGAGGACAUUGACCACGUCUUCACCGAGGAAGACUACCGCUCGCUGACUAACUACAAAGCCUUCAGCCAGUUUGUCAGGCCCCUCAUCGCUGCCAAGAACCCAAAGAUCGCCGUGUCUAAGAUGAUGAUGGUUCUGGGCGCAAAGUGGCGUGAGUUCAGCACCAACAACCCUCUGAGGGGAGCUGCUGCUGCCAACGCCGCCCUGGCUACCGCCAACGUGCCGGCUGCUGUUGACACCAUGGUAGCAGAGGUCACGCCGCCCGCCGCAGCACAGCCGCCUCCAGCGGAGCCUCCUCAGGCUCCUGCUCCCCCGCUCCGCAAGGCCAAGACCAAGGAAGGCAAAGGUCCCAACGCCCGCAGGAAGCCAAAACCCGCACCAAAACCACAAGAGAAGAAGAAUAAUACGAAAACAAAGAAAGUGGCUCCUCUCAAAAUCAAACUGGGCGGCCUCAACAGCAAGAGGAAACGCUCAUCAAGCGAGGAGGACGAGCCCGACGUGGACAGCGAUUUUGAUAACGGCAGCAUCAACAGCGUGGCGGUCUCCGAGGGGUCAAACAGUCGCAGCAGCCGCAGCAAAAAGAAGCCAUCCAAGAGCAAACCCAAGAAGAAGAAAGAAGUAGAAGACGGUGACGGCUAUGAGACGGACCACCAGGACUACUGUGAGGUGUGCCAGCAGGGUGGGGAGAUCAUCCUGUGCGACACCUGUCCCAGAGCGUACCACAUGGUCUGCCUGGACCCUGACAUGGAGAAAGCACCGGAGGGCACCUGGAGCUGCCCGCACUGUGAAAAGGAGGGCAUCCAGUGGGAAGCCAGAGAAGACGGCUCCGAUGGCGAGGAGGACAACGGAGACGCGGGCGACAUGGAGGAGGACGACCACCACAUGGAGUUCUGCCGAGUUUGUAAAGAUGGCGGAGAGCUGCUCUGCUGCGACUCGUGCCCCUCGUCGUACCACAUCCACUGCCUCAACCCGCCGCUCCCCGAGAUCCCCAACGGGGAGUGGAUCUGCCCCCGCUGCAUGUGUCCACCCAUGAAGGGGAAGGUCCAGAAAAUCUUGACAUGGCGCUGGGGAGACCCCCCUCCUCCCACACCGGUCCCCCGUCCCCCAGACCUCGCAGCCGAUGCCCCCGACCCCGCCCCGCUGGCAGGGCGGCCCGAGAGGGAGUUCUUCGCCAAAUGGUGCAACAUGUCCUACUGGCACUGCUCGUGGGUCACGGAGCUCCAGCUGGAGCUGCACUGCCAAGUGAUGUUCAGGAACUACCAGAGGAAGAACGACAUGGAGGAGCCGCCCCCCAUCGACUUUGGGGAAGGAGAGGAGGACAAGUGUGUCAAGAGGAAGAGCAAGGACCCCAUGUAUACACAUCUGGAGGAGAAAUACCUCCGCUUUGGGAUUAAGAUGGAGUGGCUGAUGGUUCAUCGAAUCCUUAACCACAGUGUGGACAGAAAAAAUAACGUCCACUACCUGAUCAAGUGGAGAGAGCUGCCGUACGACCAGGCGACCUGGGAGGCCGAGGACAUGGACAUACCCGAGUAUGACCCGUACAAACAGCAGUACUGGAACCACAGAGAGCUGAUGAUGGGAGAGGAGGGAAGACCUGGGAAGAAGAUAAAGGUGAAAGGAAGAGUGAAGCGGCCUGAAAGACCUCCUGAGAACCCGGUGAUCGAUCCCACCAUCAAAUUUGAGCGGCAGCCGGAAUACCUGGACAGCACGGGGGGGACGCUGCACCCCUACCAGCUGGAGGGUCUCAACUGGCUGCGGUUCUCGUGGGCUCAGGGCACCGACACCAUCCUGGCCGAUGAGAUGGGUCUGGGAAAGACGGUGCAGACCGCCGUCUUCCUUUACUCGCUGUAUAAAGAGGGUCACUCCAAAGGGCCGUUCCUGGUCAGCGCGCCCCUCUCCACCAUCAUCAACUGGGAGAGAGAGUUUGAGAUGUGGGCGCCUGACAUGUACGUAGUGACAUACGUCGGAGACAAAGACAGCAGAGCCGUCAUCCGGGAGAACGAGUUCUCCUUCGAGGAUAACGCCGUCCGAGGAGGCAAGAAGGCCUCCAGGAUGAAGGUAAGGAGACGGCGGCGUGAGUGGAAAUCCGGUCCGCACAUGCUCAGGAGGCUGAAGGCUGACGUCUUCAAGCACAUGCCCUCCAAGACCGAGCUCAUCGUCAGAGUGGAGCUCAGCCAGCUGCAGAAGAAAUAUUACAAAUUCAUCCUGACGAAAAACUUUGAGGCUUUGAACACCAAAGGAGGAGGAAACCAGGUUUCACUGCUCAACGUCGUCAUGGACCUCAAGAAAUGCUGCAACCACCCCUACCUCUUCCCCGGGGCCGCUAUGGAAGCUCCAAAGAUGCCCAACGGGAUGUAUGAUGGAAAUGCUCUCAUCAAGUCUUCAGGGAAACUGAUGUUACUGCAAAAGAUGAUGAGGAAGCUGAAGGAGGGAGGACACAGAGUGCUAGUUUUCUCUCAGAUGACUAAAAUGUUGGACUUGCUAGAAGACUUCCUGGAGAACGAAGGCUACAAGUACGAGAGGAUUGACGGAGGAAUCACAGGAGGGAUGAGACAGGAGGCCAUCGACAGAUUCAAUGCUCCUGGUGCUCAGCAGUUUGCCUUCCUGCUGUCGACGAGAGCCGGAGGGUUGGGAAUCAAUCUGGCUACUGCCGACACCGUCAUCAUCUACGACUCGGACUGGAAUCCGCACAAUGACAUCCAGGCCUUCAGCAGAGCUCAUCGUAUCGGUCAGAACAAGAAGGUGAUGAUCUACCGAUUCGUCACCAAGGCCUCAGUGGAGGAGAGGAUUACUCAGGUUGCCAAGAAGAAGAUGAUGCUGACUCACCUGGUGGUCCGGCCUGGCCUCGGAUCCAAGACGGGCUCCAUGUCCAAGCAGGAGCUGGAUGACAUCCUCAAGUUUGGAACAGAAGAGCUGUUCAAGGAUGAGGGAGAAGGUGAGAACAAAGAGGAGGACAGCAGCAUCAUUCACUACGAUGACAAAGCCAUAGAGCGACUACUGGACAGGAACCAGGACGCCACCGACGACACGGAGCUGCAGAGCAUGAAUGAAUACCUGAGCUCCUUCAAAGUGGCUCAGUAUGUGGUGAAGGAUGAGGAGGAGGAGGAGGAGGAGGUGCAGCGGGAGAUCAUUAAGCAGGAGGAGAGCGUGGAUCCAGACUACUGGGAGAAGCUGCUGCGUCACCAUUACGAGCAGCAGCAGGAGGAUCUGGCCCGAAACCUGGGCAAAGGCAAACGUAUCCGCAAAAAUUUAAAUCUUCCUUUUUACUUUUGUCUCAAAGCUGAUUGGCAGGAUGACCAGUCAGAUGGCCAAUCAGAUUACUCGGUGGCAUCUGAGGAGGGCGAUGAGGACUUUGACGAGAGAUCAGAAGCCAACUCUCGCAGGCCGAGCAGGAAGGGCCUGAGGAACGACAAAGACAAACCGCUGCCUCCCCUGCUGGCCAGGGUGGGGGGCAACAUCGAGGUUUUGGGCUUCAACUCUCGGCAGAGGAAGGCCUUCCUGAACGCAGUGAUGCGUUAUGGGAUGCCCCCACAAGACGCCUUCACCACCCAGUGGCUGGUCCGAGACCUGCGAGGGAAAUCUGAGAAAGAAUUCAAGGCCUACGUGUCUUUGUUUAUGCGUCACCUCUGUGAGCCCGGGGCCGACGGGGCCGAGACCUUUGCGGACGGCGUCCCCAGAGAAGGGCUGUCUCGGCAGCACGUCCUCACCCGCAUUGGAGUCAUGUCACUUAUUCGCAAAAAGGUUCAGGAGUUCGAGCACGUAAACGGCCAGUGGUCGAUGCCCUGGAUGGCCGAGCUGGAGGAGAACAAGAGGCCCGCGGCUCAGCCCGACUCUCCUGCAAAAACGCCGUCCACCGGCACCCCCGCCGACACGCAGCCCAACACGCCUGUGCCAGUCGACGACUCCGCGAAGGACUGUGAGAAGGAUGUGAAGAAAGAGGGCGAGGCAGAGAAGAACGGUAAAGAGGCCGGAAAAACCAGCAACGAGGUGAUCGCCAUCCCAGACGAUGACGAGAAGAGUCCGUCAGCCGAGCAGGAGAAGAAGAACGGGGAGCCAAUGGAGACGGACAAACCGAGCAAUGGCGAGACGGAGGGCGUGAAAGAGAAAGAAGGCGAGAAGAUGGAGGAAGGAGAGGGUGAGAAGAAGAGUCCAGAGGGAGCGGAGGAAACGAAGCCCCCCUCGGAGGCAAAGACGGAGGGGUCAGAGGUCAAACCUGAGGAUGCAGAGGUCAAAGCAGAAGAAAAGAAGGAAGAGAAGACAGAAAAGAUGGAGACCACGCCUCCCGCAGAUGAAAAGAAAGACGUGAAGGAGGAGAAGGAGACUCCGAAACCAGCGGAAUCGGCGGCCAAACUGCAGAACGGAGACGGCAGCAAGGAGGGAACGGCGUCGACCGCCGCUGCCACGGCGAGCGGGGCCAGCGAGGAGAAGAAGAAAGCCAAGACUCGGUUCAUGUUCAACAUCGCAGACGGAGGAUUCACAGAGCUCCACUCGCUGUGGCAGAACGAGGAGCGCGCUGCCACGGUAACCAAGAAAACCAACGAGAUCUGGCAUCGCCGCCACGACUACUGGCUGCUGGCCGGCAUCAUACAGUAUCCUUUGCACACCUGUCUGUCUGUUUGGUUUCCCUGGAGACUAAAACAAAUGCUGAAGCAGUUGGAGGAGCUGCUGAGUGACAUGAAGGCGGACGUCACCCGCCUGCCUGCAACCAUCGCCCGGAUACCGCCGGUUGCAGUCCGACUCCAGAUGUCUGAGAGGAACAUCCUGAGCCGCUUGGCAAGCCGAGCACCUGAACCACAGCCGCAGACACAGCAGAUGUCGCAGCAGUGAGACUGAACGUCGGCUCUUUACCUCGAAAACCACCCCCUGCCUCACCUCGACAUUCCUGAUUGGUGCACAGGAGAAAGACGGACUGCGCGCCUCAAGCUUGAAGCCACGCCCACUUCACAUUUUUUGGUUUUGUUUUGUUUGUUUUAAUUACCCCCCCACCCCUGAAAAAAAGGACUUUACAGAUUUUCCCCCCCGGAGGAUCAAAUCCCCCUCCCCACCGAGAACGAGGCUGUGGACAGAAAAGCUGUUUUAUUUUUUUCCUCCAUUUUUUUUCAACUUCUGUAUUAAUAUUAUUGAUAUAAUGUUAUUAUGAUGGUUUUUUUGGGACCUAAACAAAAUAAAAAAAUUAAAUAAA